CUUCGUGGUCGACGGUAAUGUCUGUCGACCGUUUUAUUUUCGUAACAAAGGAUUUUCUGAAAUGUAAAUGCUGACUUAAAACCUGCAUAGGAUUAGUCGCUUAAGUUUAGUGUUAGGUUGACAUUUUAAAUAUUGGCAGUGAGAAUUUAAUUUUUUGUUAUAACUUCGAGAAGUCAAUAUAUCGACCUCAAUAGCGGCUGUUUAUGUUUAUUAUACGUGUAGUUCGAUGUUUGUUUUACAAACAGCUAGUUUACCGAUAUUUAAAUUAUAAAUAGUGAGAGUAUUCCAUGCGUGGAUAGCAGGAAAUAUCGGGGUUUGUGUGUGAUGUGAGAGCAGUGUCGACAUGUAUAUCGGAAGGAUGGGUGCUGUGUGGCUCGUGGUGGCCGCGGUGUGGAGCGGCGCGGUGGCCGGCCAUUCUUUCCUGAACGACAUCAGCCGGAACCUGCGCACGGAGAUGUCCGGCGUGAUGGAGAUGGCGAACGUGUCGUACUCCACGCCGGUCAUCAACGCCACAUAUUUAUCGAAGAACGAGUUCGACAUGCGCGCUAUGGGCAUGCUGUACAACUCCACGCACCUGGUUAUCGACCUCAUUGCCAAGAAGGAAGCAUACCCUGAAGGCUUUGUGCACGUGUCGGACGGUAAUCUGGAGCUGGCGCCGGUGAAAGAUGAGUGGCGGACGCUGCUGGCGCACUACGCGGGGCCCACCGCCGUCAUCGUGGUCGCUGCACUGUUCGCAGUGUCGCUACCACUCGCGGGUUUGUUCUGGUGUUGCUGCCACUGGUGCCGGUCGGGGCGGCGGCGGCGGCCGUUCGACCGCAAGUACGACGCGUGUCUUAAGGGUUUACUGGCCAUCCUGCUCAUAGCUCUGCUCACACUCUUCCUGUUCGGCGUGGUGUGCGCGUUCGCCACGGAGUCCCAGCUGGAGUCCAGCGCGGCGGAGGUGGGCGGCGCGGUGCGAGCGGGGCUGCGGGACGCGCAGACAUACAUGAACGCCACGCAGCACCACGCGCACUGGCUGCUCGUGGUCAACUACGCACAGCUCGAGAGGAAGCUGAACGGACUCCUCACAGGCGCGGGCAUGGCGGUGUCGGUGCAGCUGGGCGAGUUCUCCAACGCUGUGUCGGUGACCACCCUCAACAAGAUGGUGCAGCAGCUGGACGGCGUGCAGGCAGACCUGCAAAAAGUCCAACAGCUCACGUCCACGCUGCGGUUCAAGGCCGAGCAGCUCAACACUGGUCUUCGGAAGGUGAAACUGAAGCUGCUGACGACGCUGGCUCACUGCGAGAUGCCGCCCUGCAUCAAUCUGCAGCGGAAACAUCGCAUCGGGGAAUUGAACACUGAAAUACAGUACAGCCAGAUGCUCGACAAAUAUUUUCCAACGAUGCCGGACGUGUCGGAGCUGCUGAACAACGUGACGUCGCUGCUGAACAGCCACAUCAAGGAGGAGGUGGCGGAGGGGUACCGCGUGUUCCGCGACAUCCAGCGCGGCAUACAGCGCUCCGUCGACGAACACAUCCCCGGCGUGCAGCAGGCCGUCACUGACACUGGUGUAAAGUUGGCGGAGCUCGCGACGCAGAUCACGUGGCGCGCGGGCAACGUGAGCGAGACCCUGCGGCUGCACGAGCAUGACGCCGUCAUACUGCAGGACGCCGUGCGGCGGUACGCGCCCUACCGCCGCUACGUGGGGCUCGGGACCGCCUCCGCGCUGCUGCUCAUAACGUGCGUGAUGGCGUGGGGGCUGAUGUGCGGCGUGUGCGGCAAACGGCCAGACGUAUACGGCGCCGCCGACUGCUGCAACAAGGGCCAAGGGUCCAACUGCCUCCUCUGCGGCAUGGUGAUAAUAUUCGUGUUGGGCGGCGUGGUGACGGUGGUGAUGCUGGUGUACUUCGUGGUCGGCGUCACCGCGCAGCGCUUCGUCUGCGAUCCACUCACGGAGCCGCGCGGCAAUCGGCUAUUCGCGGAUGUGGAGCGGUUCGUGGAGCUGGAGCGAGCCAUCUACAACGACUCCGCCGACGGUAGCUUCAACCUGACCACCGUCAUCACGCGUUGCCACAACAAUCUCACCAUCUUCGAGACGCUGGAGCUGCGGCGCGCGGUGGACGCGGGCGCGUGGCGGGCGCGGGCGGCGGAGGCGGUGCGGCGGCGCGCGGCGGGGCUGCGGCCCGCGUUCCCCGCGGCGCGCGCCCCCCUCACCAUCCUCAAGGACAGCGCCAAGCAGAAGCUGCGCCAGCUCGCCGACACCGGCCUCUCGGACUUCGACUUCGACCGCAUCCUCUCCGCGCUGGAGACGAACAUGACGUCGCUGUCGCUGGACGCGCUGUCGGAGCAGCUGCGCAGCACCGCGGCGGCCGUGGCGGCGCGCGCCGGGUACCGGGACGUGUCCCGCGACCUGGCCGCCGCCGCCGCAGACCUGCACCACCUGCACGACGACGUGCUGCGGCCCAUGCUCGACUACACCGCGCAGCUCAACACCACGGCCAUGAAGUUACGCGAUGUACUCCGGUUCAACCACACAUCUCUGAAGGAAGCCAUCUCAUACCUGAUAUACGAGACCACGCAAGCGGAGCUGUUCCUCAACACCCAAGGACCUGAUGUAAUGCAAAACAUGACGCGUGAGUUCGCGGAGACUGUGGGCGCGCUGGUGGACGAGUACCUGGCGCGGGUGGAGCACGCCGCUCACCACCACGUGGGGCGCUGCGGGCCGCUCUCCUCCGCCUUCAACGCCACCAGGGACGCCGUCUGCAGGAACCUGCUCAUGCCCACCAACGGGUACUGGAUGUCUGUGGCGUGGUGCGUGGUGCUGGCGGCGCCGCUGCUGGCGGUGGCGCGGCGGCUGGCGCGGCUCUACACGCACCUCGACCCCUACCCCGGCCCGCUAGUGGAGGCCGAAUAUUUGUAUGACGCGUACGCGGACCGCGAUAACGUACCCCUUGCCAACGCCUACAAGGCAGAGAAGAGGAGCGGGCGCGACGGGCGCGGGCGGGGCCGGGGCGAGGGGGGCGGCGGGGGCGGGGGAGGGGGCGGCGCGGGGGGCGCGGGGGCAGCGGGCGGCGGCGGCGCGGGGGGGGAGGCCGCCUCGCUGGCGCCGCCUCUCGACGCACACCACGCGCGCAGAUAUAAUGAUAUGGCGCCAAAGCACUGGGAAGAAGGCCCUCCCCGCUACCACGGACCUACUGAGUACGAGCGACCCCCGCCCUACUACUAUCCCGGACCAAAUGAUAGACAGUAAACUGGCGCUCACUGAACUGGACGAAGAUCUGCUGAAGUACUGAGGACUCCCUGAUGCAAACUGACAAGGCAACACGAAACGUUAAACGUUGCAACUAAAAUUACACUUUAUAGACUUAUACUUUAUAGUCUAUUUUUCCAUAGCAAUUACAAGAAGAUAUAU